UGUGUUGGAUAGAAAGUCAGCCUGGUUUCCAGCUGAGUGCUUGCUCUCUCGCAGCGUGUGUGUGUGUGUGUGUGUGUGUAUCGGUGGGUGUGCGUGUGUGUGUUGUCAUUAUUAUCCACUCUGCUCCCAGCUCAGAAUGGCCAGAUUCACUCAGACUGAAACAAGAAGGCAGCACCAUCCACAGCAGUCCCAGCCCGCUCACUCCAGCCUGGUUUUCACCGGACCGGGGGCACCACCGACCCACCAACCAUUACUACUUCUCCCACAUCAGCACCAGUACCCUCAGCUCACAUUCCCGAAACCCAUGAACGGGUCAGAACCCAUUUCAAUUCAUCCGGAGAGCGGCAACAUGAAAGACCAAGAUGCCAUUAAGCUGUUUAUCGGGCAGAUACCGAGGAACUUGGAGGAAAAAGACCUGAAACCCCUGUUUGAACAGUUUGGGAAAAUCCACGAACUGACAGUUCUCAAGGACCGAUACACCGGCAUGCACAAAGGUUGCGCAUUCCUCACCUACUGCGCCCGUGAGUCUGCCAUCAAGGCCCAAAACGCCCUCCAUGAACAGAAAACACUGCCAGGGAUGACCCGCCCCAUCCAGGUGAAACCGGCAGACAGCGAGAGCCGUGGAGAAGACAGGAAGUUGUUUGUCGGGAUGCUGAAUAAACAGCAGACUGAGGAGGAUGUUUAUCGUCUCUUUGAGCCCUAUGGAGUCAUCGAGGAGUGCACGGUCCUAAGAGGUCCUGACGGAAACAGCAAAGGUUGCGCCUUCGUCAAGUUUUCUACACACACUGAGGCUCAGUCUGCAAUCGGCGCCCUGCACGGCAGCCAGACCAUGCCUGGCGCUUCUUCCAGCUUGGUGGUCAAGUUUGCCGACACAGACAAGGAGCGCACCAUCAGACGUAUGCAGCAAAUGGUGGGGCAGUUUGGCAUCUUUAAUCCUGCCAUCGCCCUUCCCUUUAGCACCUACAGCUCUUACGCACAUGCGCUCAUGCAGCAGCAGGCAGCCAUCAUGGCAGCAACCCAUGGAGGUUAUAUCACGCCUAGCGUGGCCUUCCCUGCCACGCAGAUCCACCAGAUGGGGGCGCUCAACAUCAACAGCCUCCCACCCACUCCCAUGACCCCGGUGUCGGGUGAGUUUCAUCAAACCCUGGCAGGCCUCAGCUCUCCGCCAGCCAACAUCACCACCUCCGCCUUGCCCAGCAUCGUCACCCCCAUCGUCAACGGAUUCACCGGCAUCCCUCAUCAGCCCAACGGGCACCCCGCCGUGGAGACGGUGUACACCAAUGGCCUGCCGCCCUACUCCACCCAGAGCCCCACCGCCGCCGACACCCUGCAGCAAGCUUUCACUGGCGUUCAGCAAUACACAGCAAUCUACCCAGCCACCACGCUGACUCCCAUCGGCCAAACACUGCCCCAGCCGCCGCAGGUCAUCCAGCAGCAGCAGCAGAGAGAAGGUGAGGGUCCAGAGGGGUGUAAUCUCUUCAUCUACCACCUGCCGCAGGAGUUUGGAGACAAUGAACUCAUGCAGAUGUUUUUGCCCUUUGGUACAGUCAUCUCUUCUAAGGUCUUCAUGGACCGGGCAACCAACCAGAGCAAGUGCUUUGGUUUUGUCAGCUUUGACAACCCUGCUAGCGCACAGGCAGCUAUUCAGGCCAUGAACGGCUUUCAAAUCGGGAUGAAGAGGUUGAAAGUCCAGUUAAAGAGACCGAAGGAUGCCAGCCGCCCUUACUGACACAGCCUACCUUCAGUAUUCACUGCAGCAGCACAGAGUUUAGAGGACACACGUGAAGAUAUCUGGGAGGAGGUCAGCUUUUUUUCUUUGAGAGCAAGCAUAUGUUUUAAAAAAAUCAACACGUGAGGAGUUUUGGGAGACAUAUCAACACUUAUCAACACAAGAGGAUACAGGUUAGAGCAGUAACAGGAGGUGUGGCAAAAGGAAGGAGGAAAAACGGCGCUUCGAUGGGGACUUAACAGCAACAGAUGGCACAGAACAGCGAGAAGAAGGAAAAACUGGAAAAGAGACACGACGGGACUGAACAACAGAACUUUUUCUUGUUAAGACUUGAAUUGUUAAGUAAGCAACAAACAAAAAAGCAGCAACAACAAAUAGAUUUCUAUAUACAUAUUAUAUACACACAUAUAUAUAUAUAUAUAUAUACAUAUAUAUAUAUAAGGAACAAAGAGGCGCUUGUGGCUUUUACUGGACAAAUGAGGGUUAAAACUUGAAGAUAAAAAAAAACAGUGGAGAAAAGAACCAAUUCUACACGUCCACUGACAGACUUUCUUUCUCUUUCCCUCUUUCUCUUAUUCUCUCACCGUCUCUCAGCAAGCGCAGAACUAUGACUCUUGGAGGUCACUGAGGUUUCCAAUAGCAAAAGUAGAACUGCAAUUCUUUCACCCCUAAGGGACCAAAGGACCAAACAUUUUUAUUGUUCUGAACAGCGAUAUAUAUAUAUAGUAUUAAUGAUACUAAUACUACAAACUACUACUAAUAAUAUUACAAGUUAAACUUAAGAAGAAAUACUAGCUUCAGGUUGAAAAAAAAAAAGAACAAGGGUUUUUUUUUGUGGUUUCCUUUUACCUUUAUAGCUACCGGGUUGGAGAAGAAUAAAAGCAAAAAUAGAAAAUGUAUAAAAAAAAUAAAUAAAUGAAGCUGUACUAUUUUAGCAGUAUAGAAGAUAUGGGUUAGGCAUUGUGUCGGGCAUGUUCAGAUAUGUUUAUUUAUUUAUUUAUUUAUUUUCCUGAUACAUCAGCAUUCCCAGCAUUUCAUCUCAGAAGCGUGAUCUUUGUGUUUUUGAGUCACGUUUUAUCAAAAAGGGGAAACAAAAGUGUUGAAGCAAAGAAAGGACAGAAAAAAAAAACUCAAACAGGACCACAAAUACCGACCUCAGUUCAAUUUCAAAUCCUCUAUCUUCACUGCGAAUCAUUCCAUGGCAUUAGUAAACGCCUUGACAGGGCAGAUGAUCUGACCAGGAACUACUGUGGUGAAAGUGCCACCUCUCUUGGGUCGAGCCCUCGCCCACUGCCAAGCCGCUCCAGCUCCUUCCAGCAGGUGAGAGCAGAAACGCCCGCCCCCUCCCAUCACUUUUCCUCCUUCACGUCAAAGUGCCAGUGUUACUGUCUAUUAACAGGGAUUAUCAGUGGAUGAGGGAGCCCUGAAACUAAACCAGGACAUAAUUACGAUAAUGAUAAUAUUGAUCAGACGGAAGCGGCACUGCAGGGCCAGAAAUGCACAAUCGAUUGUCACAUUGGCAGUUCGAAGAAGCUGAGUGACAGAGCUGAUCCGAGGCUCACUGGAGUCUUUUUGUCUCCCUUCAUAGAGUGCUUGCAAAGUGUUCAUAUUUGUCUUAACAUAUUUUCAUGUUAUAGCAUGAAAACAUGCUAAAACAGGCUUAGGAUUUCUACCACAAUAGAAAAAGACACAGUCGGGACGUCAAGUGAAAACUUAAUACCCAAACUACCACACACUUCACCUUAGAAUGGGCCAUUCUAACAUUUUUAUCUAAAUAAUUAUUUUCUUGUUAUAGCUGUAUAUUUGAUGAUGUCCCAGGUUUUCUUGUAGAUUGGAGUCUGCAUUUAAAGACACCUAAGCUGUUUUUGUUUUGUUUUUUUGAUUUUUUUUAGGUAACUGUGCAUUAUAAUUGCACAGUUAGAGCUCAUACACAGUGAAAGACAGCUUGGCAUUAACAGCUACUGCAGGUGAAAUUCAGACCAAAAUGAUCCAUCAAUUAGAGAGCAGGAGGCCUAGAAGUGCUGCUGCCUCUUCAGAAGGACAGUUUGCCGUCAGCGAUGGUCACACACAGCCCCGGUGCGGUGAUGACGUGCCACGGCAUGCUCUGUAAGACACGAUCUAUCAACUAAACCAGAGUCAUCCUGAUCUAAGAAACACAUUCAGUUGACCUGAGAUGAAAUCUUUCUCUUCAAAGGCUUCUUUUAGACUGAUUAACUCCUCCCCUCCUCUUCUUAGUGAGGCUUUCUCUCUCUUUUUUUUCUUCUUAAAUGCCAUUCCAUGACUCAGUUUGCUCUUUGAAGCCUUUUGCCCCCUCAGGACUCACUGAGAUUUCGGCGCUUUCAUCGACGUUCCAAACUUUAGGCACAUCAGCACUCCGGACACUGCACCGCAGCACCCGUCCUGCAGAGACUUCAGACAAAAAGAGAUGACUUUGCCUCUGUGGUUUGGUUACAACAAAAAUGUUUCCACUAGAGCGACUCUCCAGAUCCUGACGACUGUACCCCUGCUUUUGAUUACUUUUGGCUCAGCUGCUCUUUAUCCUCAUGUGAUUCCUGCUUCACUGGAUCAGAGUUGUUAUUAUUAUUAUAAGAAAGAGGGAUCAGGAAUCUUAGUAGGUCUCACUGCUGUUCAUUGUACGUUGCUCUGCUGCCAGCAGUGUGUAGAUGCUGUACGAAAGUGUUUUGUUACAUAUGCCUUUUCUCAUCAUGAAUUGCCAAAUUAUGCAAGCAUAUCCAUUGCAGUUCCUCAUCAGAUUUUAAAUAUGUGCCAGAUUUCCUUAAAACGUAGUCUUAUAAAUAUACUUAUUUUAGAAAACUCUUUAGCAGAUUGAAAUAUUUGAUUUUGUGAUAUAGGAUACCACUGUAGGAAAAGGGUCAGCUCCCUCUGAAAUGAUAUACGAUAUAGAUUUCCUGUGAAAAGGUUAGAUUUCUUAUAUAUUUGCCAGAAGACAGCUCCUUUCCCUCGGCGAGUAAAUGUGAGUUUCCAUGCUCGCUGUCAGGACGAAGCAGCUUUAGGAAGCUGUGAUAUAUGCCCUGCUUCCUCUAGGCCAUCCAGAGCCUUAUAAACCCCUGUCAAAAUAUGUCUUUCUCAUGGGAUUUCUCCUCAAGAGAAGUUCUUUUUUUUUUUUUUAAUUAUUAAAAUCAAAUUAGAUUUGGCCUUGAACACAGCUUGAGAAAAGCAAAUUAAAGAUGACAGGUGGAGCUGAAAUGGAAUGUUCUUGAAUUUUGUUAAGUUCUUUGAUGCACACUCUUAGAAGGAAAAGGACAUAAAAACAUAUUUAAAAAAGAAUGAUAAAUCCUCAAUGUGAGAAACAAAUAUUGCCAGAGUUUGUCCCCUUGAGAUAAGAACAGGUGCAUCAGUCAGUGAUCACAGUGCUUACUGUGAGUUUCAGGGACGUUUAGGUCGUCAACAUCUGUGAAUGGCUUAUAAAAAGGGAACUGGCAGUAGUGAUUUCUAUAGUUUUCUAAUUAAGUUGCAUGCGAUUGAGCUAAAAUUGAUCUCUUACAUACUUUUCACUCUUGCAUCCAUUGUUUUUAAAAUCAUUUCUUCUGUUAAUAUUUAUCAUGCUACCAUGGUGCCCUUUUUUUAAUCUUCUGAGCAUGCUCAAUAGGGGCCGGGAGGGAUGAAGAUUAUGAAUAUGGUAUUGCUCGUAUUAACAAUAUGAUUCUUUACCUAUUGUUUGAAUGCUGAGGAUAGUAGCUUAUUAUAAAUAUGAAUCUUGUAUAAUAUGAAAAAUCAGCACAGGACCCUUUUUCUUUGGGUUACGUAGAGGUUAGGGGGUUCAGACGGGGAAGGAGAGGGAGGGGACUCGCUUUAUGAAGACAUUAACUUUCUGGUUUCUCAGCACAAAAACGGACAAAGACAGAGAAGCAGCAGUAUGAUGAAUCUCAGAACCAGUCUUUAAACCGGAAGGAUACAACAAAUGCUGUUUACAGGUAGAACUUGUUUUUCUUUUAGGUUUUUUUUUUCUUCUUUUUUUUUUUUUUUAAGCAGAGCGCCACCUGUUUUUGUGGCAGCAUCAGUACAGCAUGGAUUAACUGACAGGGAAAGCAGUAUCUUUUUAUAAUAAAAAAAUUUAAAUAAUAAUGACUAAAAAAAAAAAUGUGUUCUGUAUUAGCCUGAGAAACCAAACUUUUUUCCCCUGUUAAAAUUUCUUAAUACUUGCUGCUUAGAUUACUUCAUAUUAAUAAUUGAUGAUUUAAUAAUUUUAUAAUUAAUUACCUGGUCAAGUGUGUAACUUGAUGUUUAUUUAUCAAUUUAUUUAUUUAUUUAUUUGCUUCUUAUUUAAUUUAUUUAUUAAUUUGUCACUUUAUUUAUUUUAUGGUUAUGGUAAGAUAAAGAUAUGUGUCAAAAAGAAAUGGUUAUUGGAACUUUUCUCUUGUUCUCUCCUUUUUUUCCAAUUUUACAAUAAAAAAAUCAAACUGGG